AGAGGUACUAUAACUCGUAUCCAUCCUUCUACAGGAGCAAAGCAACUACAGAAUUUCUUGGAGAUUAGAAAAUUCGAGCCAACAAAAUGAAACUACCACGCUCUUCGACUCCUACUUAGAGAAGAUGUUGAUGAUGAAAGAAGCUUGGUGAACUCAGAAAAAGUCUGAAAAGAUGCAAGUCCUCUUACACCCUGGUCAGGAGAUAGAAGGCGACCUUCUCGGUCGCUUCCAAGAGAACUUCCGCUUGCUGGACACGAACAAAGAUGGAAAGCUGAGCCACAUUAUGGUGCAAGGAAAUGGAAAAGUGAAUCUUCCUGUCGGGAGACAAAAGAUAGUAGUCCAGAUGUUUUCAAACUCGAUCACACAUUAGACACAUGGUCAAGGGUGGCUACAACCACCUAAUUUUGUUCAUGUUCUGGGGACGACACAUGUACUUAUUUUCGCCUCCUCCUUCGCGAUGUAGUUCUAGUUGAUCUUCAUGAGCAAGUGCAAGAAGAUCUAGAUCAUGCAUAUCUACUAAGCUCGAUCUCCUCCAAUUUUUCAUUUUCUCCUCCAAUUUUUUCUACUUGAACGUCAACCCACCUCUUUUCAUUCUUGAAGAAGUCGGGAUCCUUUUUCGAGCGUUCGGACAGAAUCCUACCGACGAUGACCUAAAGGGGAUGCUCCAGGAGUUGCCCCAGCUAGUGGAAUUCGACCUUUUUCUGACGUUUUUUCGGAAAAACUAUCGACCGCCAAUAGGAGAGGACGUGUUGGUGCAGGCUUUUCAGGUAAGGAGGACGUUUUUGGGGAGGUAAAGCUAUCGUCCUUCAUCAUGAUUCAGUUAAAUUUGAAUGAGUGUGAGUCUAGGUGGAAAAAGGUGUCUCUUUCUUACGUAGCUCAUUGUAUUCACAUUGUUUGACACCAGGGGGUGGUCAUAUUAACGAGUAUAAGGAAGAACAGACGAUAACAUGGAGCUAAUCGGAGCUAAUCUUCUUGUAAAAGAACACGAACAACUUGGUUCCCCGAAUCAGGUUUUCGACGUAAAAGAUAAAGGCGUUUUGAACGUUGAAAAAUUCAAAGACGUGAUGGCAUCCCUCGGAGAGCCAUUGCCCGUAUCUCAGAUCACGGAAAUUAUGAAUGAGGUAGUACUUCUCACUUGCUAGUAACUUAAUCUAAUCACUAUUAUACGUUCUUGUUACCAACUUUUAGUACUCGUUUUUACUAUUAACUAACUACAGAUCUUGUUUCAUUUAGUACUAUUAACUAACUACAGAUGAAUGAUUAAUUUCAUCGUAGAGAACUCGUGUCGUGCACUUGGAGGUUGUGAAGAAAAAUUUCAUGUUGAAUGCGCCAAGUAAUGCCUUAUCCUUUCUUCCCAGUCCCUUCCACCAACCACCUGCUCUACUCAUCACCCAAGGUCGAAGUGGAUGAGCAGGGGAAUUUCGACUACGUGGAACUUGCGAAAACGUUAGUGCAAGGUCCGAAAGGACUUCCUACGAACUAAACCGACUUCCUACGAACGAAACCGACUUCCUACGAACUAAACCGACUUCCUACGAACUAGCAUGAAGUUCGUGGAUCGGAGGACUCAUAUAGAUACUAUAACGAGGCAGAAGGAGUUGUACAAGUAGUCGUGCCGCGGAUUGGUGUGAAGAUAUUACAGAAGAUGAACUUUUUUUAGGAGACUGCAACUGCUGGGGAACUAGAACUCGGAAAUGAUAAACUUUUUUCUCUUGAUGAGAACUUCACAACUUUGAUGAAGAUUUGUUUUUGUAUGUGGGACCACGGUUCGUUUGAUCAAAGCUGCAAACGCAUGACUUGCUCGCAAAGCAAGUCGGUAUCAUGAAAAAUUAAGUACAUGAUAUGUCGUGAUAAUGAGAGGGCCGCUGAUACGCCUGUCACGACGGUUGUAGCAUUGAAGUGAAAUGCUCGCAAAGCAAGUCACAAGAAACAACUAUUAAUACCGGACUCGUCUGCGUCGCGCCAGG